AUGAAGUCCAGUGGCCUCUUUCGCCUCGUGGUGCUUCUUGCCCUGGGAACCCUGGCACCUUGGGCUGUGGAAGAUUCUCCAAGUGGUGUGAAAGCUGGAGUGUGCCCUAUUAGAGUACCCGCCCCGUGCUUUAAACAAGAGAAACCCGAGUGCCCUAGUGACUGGACUUGUCCCGGGCUGAAGAAAUGUUGUUCUUAUCCUUAUGGCAUCAAAUGCCAGCAUCCGCAUAAGAUCUCAAACUCAGUGAAGGAGAAACCUGGGAAGUGUCCGAUGGUCGAUGGCCAUUGUCUGAUGCUUAACCCCUACAAUUUCUGUGAGAAUGAUGGCCAGUGCCAGGAUAAAUUCAAGUGCUGCGUGGGUGUGUGUGGGAAGAUCUGCAGUUACCCUGCGAAAGUCUGA